UUAUGGAGCUCCUGCGACCCCUGCCCGCCGGACUCCAGCCUCCGACCGGUUCCUCCUCCACAUCUCCGCAUCCAAAGCGCGACGAACUUCAGGCUUCGUCAUUGCCUUCGUGCUCCUCCUCCUCCUCCUCCUCCUCUUCCUCCGCGUCUUCCUCUUCGGCUUCUCAGCAUCGACCGGAAGCGAUUCCGGAGGAGAAGCCGGUGGUCUCCCCUGGUAGAGUUUACGUGGCGGUCGGAAAGACCGCGGACAAGGCGGCGUGCUUGCUCAGAUGGACCUUCCUGCAGUUCCCAAGCCGCGAGGUCACUCUCCUUCACGUCCAUCGGCCGUCGAGCACGAUCCCGACGCUGCUGGGUAAACUUCCUGCAAGCCAAGCAAGUCCAGAGGCACUCUUAGCAUACAGGAUAGAAGAAAAGGAGGAAAUGAAGAAAACCCUCUGCAAUUAUUUGAAUAUCUGCAGAAGAGCCAAGGUGAAAGCCACUGCAGUCGUCAUUGAAGCAACACAGGUUCAGUUUGGUCUAGUAGAUAUGGUGGUUCAUUAUGGUAUCAGGACGCUUAUAAUGGGAGCAGCUUCUGAGAGUUGCUUGAAAGCGAAUAGCUCUAGCAAAGCACAAUAUGCUGUCAAGAAUGCCCCUCUUUUCUGUGAGAUUUGGUUCAUAUGCAAAGGGAAAAGCAUCCGGACAAGAAAAGCAACUCAAGUUUUUGAACCAGCUCAAUCCAUUGAUCCUGAAGGAAGUACAAAAGGAGAAAGAUUGAGAUCAAGGUCAUUGCCAUGUCAGAAAGAAAUGAUUGAGUUUAAUCCACGUUAUACACAAUCCAACUCUUGCAAAUCAGAACCAAGUAUUGGCAUCACAAGUGAAGCGUGCGGCAACAAUUUGAGUUAUUUAAAACCAGUGAAGAAAGUCAUAGAAAAAAUUGAUUCAUUCCUUGUGCGGUCUUCAUAUUUUUCAUCUCAUACUUCACACACUUCAGGUUCUAAUUGUGAAGAAUAUAUAGAACUUGAGCUUCUGACUGGUACAAUUAUAGAAGCAAAAACUGAAGCAGCGAAAUCUAGCAAUGAUGCCCUUAGUGAGGAAAGGAAAAUUGAAGUGAACCAUGCAAAGGAGAAGGAGCUACAAGAAGCAGAAGACAAGCUAAGAAAAACAGAAUUUGAACUUGGAAAACUCUUGAAACAACGUGAAGAGAUCACUGGAGAGAUGCAGAAGGCAAAGAGAGUAAUAGCCUCUCUAGACAGCCAAACUGGUGACUCAAAACCGCUACUAGGUGAGACAACUGGGAAGCUGGCAUCAUUGCAGGUGUCUCUGGCUGAUCUUAGACGUCAAAUAAACAGUGUCAGGAAAUUGAGAGAUGAAACCAUACAGAAAAUCCAACUUUGGCAUGAUUCUGGUGAUUUUGAUGGAUCAUUUUCCCCACAGGCAAAUGAUUUUUCAGAAUACACUCUUCUUGAUAUUCAGACAGCAACAUGCAGCUUCUCAGAGAGUUUCAAGCUUGGUCAAGGAGGGCAUGGCUGUGUCUACAAAGGCGAGAUCUCUGGAAGAACAGUGGCCAUCAAGAAUUUUCAUCCUGAGGACAUGUACAGCAUAUUAGAAUUCCAACAAGAGGUUAAGGUUCUUAGUAAGAUUCGCCACCCAAACCUAUUGAUACUCUUGGGAGCCUGCCCUGAGGCUCUGUCUCUUGUCUAUGAAUACAUGCCUAAAGGGAGUCUUCAACGGUAUUUAACCCACUCCUUGAACACAACACCAUUGACAUGGAGAAUAAGGACUAAAAUUGCUUCUCAAAUUGCCUCUGCACUUCUGUUCCUCCAUUCAUCGAAGCCUGAGAAGAUAGUUCAUGGUGACCUCAAACCUGAAAACAUUCUUCUCAAGUCUGAUUUCACAUGCAAGAUUGGGGACUUUGGCAUUUCUCGUCUCUUACCAGAACAAAAUUCAGAGUCCAGGAUCAUCUUCCAGAACACUGAACCUAAAUGUUCAUUUGCUUAUAUGGAUCCAGAGACUCAGAGGACUGGAAGUCCUACCCCAGAAUCAGAUGUGUACGCAUUUGGGAUUGUGGUUCUACAGCUGGUCACUGGCAGGCAACCUCAGGGAUUGGCAAGAAAAGUUCGUCAUGCAUCAGCUUGCGGGAAGUUGGAGGAAUUUCUUGAUGUGUCAGCAGGUGAAUGGCCUAUGAGAUCAGCAACAAGAAUGAUAGAGCUGGGCCUCAGAUGCUGUGAGCUGAAUAGACGGGACAGGUUGAAGCUGUCCCCAGAGGUGGUACAGGAGUUGGAAAAGAUGGUUUAAGAAGAUAUGCUAACCACGAACUAUCCAUCCAUUUGCUCCACAUUAAAGGAUUGCUUGCUCGCAUUCUUUUAUGAAGGCAUAUAUUUUACCACAGCAGAUGGCACACCAUUUCAGGUGCUUCAUUUUAGAAACUCUGUCUAGUUUGCAAAUGUGUAAAUAGUCCUGCUGUCAUCCUUUCCAAGUGGUAAUCUCAGGGUUAUUUGAAUAAUCAGAUAUUUGAAUAAUCAGAGAUAUAUUCAUUAAAGUAUACACAUUGAGUAGCUUUGUGGAGGGGAAAGGUGACUCAGGUAUUUGUCUGAUAGCCAGCAUCACCCUGGUGCCUGUGUUACAAACCUUUGUUUGGUGCCAUAGUUGCUCUGGCGGCAGUGGAGAUUGUUGAAGCAUUUCUUUGGAUCCAUUCUGGAUCAUUCAUAUUAAACAGGAGGACAUUCUGAUACGAAGCUAUAAUGUCCAGCUUCAGGUUCUCCACACAUCGACAGCGUAUCUGAGUAGGUUAUCCAUUAAUUAGAGAAUUAUAGGAAUUUCUUGUUGCGUGUACAUCUCCCAGUUCAUGUGCAUAUGUAAAUGUUAUAAAUAUUUGUUUGUUUUAUGUAAGCAUUGUUGGCGUUGAUGA